CGAACUGUCAAGUCAAGUGGUAAUGUGACAUUUCUUGCGAAAAUAUAAAUGGGUGAAAAUUAGCUGGAAAAAGUGAAAAUUGAUAAUCUGAGGAGAAAGGCGUGAAAAUUGUACUUCUAUUCCGCGUGCUCAACGAUAGUGAGUGUGUUAGUUUAGGAAGAAGGUGAAAGAAGUACUUUCGUGAUACUCUGAAACAGAGAAAGUCGUGAAGUAGAAAAUGUCUCAAGCACAACCAGGAACUCCAGCUCUUGCCAAUAAUUACAUGAAAGUCUUCGUCCAGAGGGACUACAGUGAAGGUACAGCUGUUAAAUUCCAAACCCGCUUCCCCACAGAACUGGAAAGUCGCAUUGAUAAACACACCUUCGAGACAACCAUCAACAAACUUAAUGAGUACUUUGCAGAGGCAGAAAAGGGCACCUGCAGUACCUACUGUGAGGGCUGCUUGGCCUGCAUCACUGCAUACUUAAACUACAUCUGCACGGAGACCCAUUAUGAGAAGUGCUUGAGGAAGGUAUCUAAAUACAUCGUUUCGCAAAAUGAGAGGGUUUACAACCCACGGGGCCUCCAGAUCACUGACCCUACUUACCGGGGACUGCGUGUAAUAGAGAUUUCGAUUCUCGAUCGACCGGUUCGCACGUGACUGCCGCUGUCGAAUUCAUCGGAGGAGUUCUUCAUGUGAAGCGCAUUUCAAUGUACAAGAUUAUUCGUGAAAGACCAUCCCAUUUGCUCCAGCUGCCUCCCAAAAACAUCCCUCAUGAAGAAAUACCCCAUCCUAUUUUCAGCAUCAGAUUCUAUCUUCCGGAACAGUGAGAGAGAUAUAUAAAGUAUUUUCAUAAAUUCGCGCAUAUAGAGGAUAGAUGUUAGUGGUAAAAAGGAUAUUUCAGUUUAUUAUUUCAUUUUAAAACACUCUCUAGAGGAAUUAUGUAAUAUUUUCAUGCGGACAGUGAACUAUUCACUCCAACUAAUUUGAAUUUUAUUUAUGCAAUGAGAUAAUGUACAGAACAUAAUGCAAUAUGUUAUGAAUUAAAAAUAUUGAAAAAUG